UGGUAAAGCCCAAUGCUUUGUCUUUAUUUUAGGCCUGUAACGAAUUCACCACUCACGUAAUGAACCUGUUGAGGGAACAGAGUCGUACUAGGCCGAUCACGCCAAAGGAAAUCGAAAGGAUGGUCCAAAUUAUCCACAAGAAGUUCUCCAGUAUCCAAAUGCAGCUGAAACAGUCCACUUGCGAAGCCGUAAUGAUCCUAAGGAGUCGAUUUUUGGACGCCAGACGUAAAAGAAGAAAUUUCAGCAAACAGGCAUCCGAAAUUUUGAAUGAAUACUUCUAUUCCCACCUCAGUAAUCCCUACCCGAGCGAAGAGGCCAAGGAGGAGCUCGCACGAAAAUGUGGAAUUACUGUGAGCCAGGUGUCCAAUUGGUUCGGAAAUAAGAGGAUACGCUAUAAGAAAAACAUCGGUAAGGCACAGGAGGAAGCGAAUUUGUACGCAGCCAAAAAGGCAGCUGCAGCUUUUGCAGGAGCAUCGCCGUACAGUAUGGGCGGUGCCAGCCAGGGCACCCCGACGCCGAUGAUGUCGCCGGCGCCGCCCGGAGGACCGCAGGACAUGGCCGGAUACAGCAUGGGAAUAAACGGCAGUGACUACGGUUCGCAGCCGUACAACGACGGCUCUAUGGGAUACGACCCCAUGCAUCAGGGCAAGGCAUUGGCUGGGGGGCCAGGCGCGGCGGGAUGGAUGCAACAACGCGAGGCGGUGCCCGAAUUUCCGCCUCUCCACGAUUCAGCGGACUCUGAUUCCGACCGGGAAAACGAAAAGCGACCGCGCGUCUAAGACUCGGAGACCCUCGUUUUUCUCGUUUCCCCCUUUCUUUCGAGACGGAUGCGAUGAAUUAGGCAAGAGAGAGAUUGUACGAACGAUGCGUGCAGAGAGCGAGCGAGCGAGCGAGCGAGCGGAAAACGUGAACCACAUCACACAGCAUCGCAAUUCCAACGACACGACACGACACACGAUGAAAGGAAGUAUACACGAGGCAUACGACAUGAUCGUUUCGCCGAUACUCUUAAUAAGUAACGUAAUCUUUUUUUUUUCCAUUUUCGAACAAUUCUCUUCUCGUUUUGAUUUGUAUCAGAAGGAAGAAGGAUACGUGCAGAGGGAUUCGUGGACCGUCCGAGCGAUCGCCCGUCGCAGAAGGCAGUUGGCAAACUCGGAACU